GCCUGACUUCUAUUAUAUGUAAACUUAUGGAAACUAUAAUAAGGUGCAAAAUGGAAAACUACCUAUAUGGUAACAAUAUCCUGGGAGACAGUCAGCAUGGUUUUAGGAAAGGGAGAUCAUGUCUAACUAACCUGCUUCAUUUUUUUGAGGAUGCAACAUCGACAAUGGAUAAUUGCAAAGCAUACAACAUGGUUUAUUUAGAUUUCCAGAAAGCUUUUGACAAAGUCCCGCAUAAAAGAUUAAUUCUCAAACUGAACGCAGUAGGGAUUCAAGGAAGUGCAUGCACAUGGAUUAGGGAGUGGUUAACAUGUAGAAAACAGAAAGUACUGAUUAGAGGAAAAACCUCAAAAUGGAGUGAGGUAACCAGUGGUGUACCACAGGGAUCAGUGUUGGGUCCUCUGCUAUUCCUAAUCUACAUUAAUGAUUUAGAUUCUGGUAUAGUAAGCAAACUUGUGAAAUUUGCAGACGACACAAAAAUAGGAGGAGUGGCAAACACUGUUGCAGCAGCAAAGGUCAUUCAAAAUGAUCUAGACAGCAUUCAGAACUGGGCAGACACAUGGCAAAUGACAUUUAAUAGAGAAAAGUGUAAAAUACUGCACGCAGGCAAUAAAAAUGUGCAUUAUAAAUAUCAUAUGGGAGAUACUGAAAUUGAAGAAGGAAUCUAUGAAAAAUACCUAGGAGUUUUUGUUGACUCGGAAAUGUCUUCAUCUAGACAAUGUGGGGAAGCUGUAAAAAAAAGGCCAACAAGAUGCUCGGAUAUAUUGUGAGAAGUGUUGAAUUUAAAUCAAGGGAAGUAAUGUUAAAACUUUACAAUGCAUUAGUAAGACCUCACCUAGAAUAUUGUGUUCAGUUCUGGACACCUCGUUACAAAAAGGAUAUUGCUGCUCUAGAAAGAGUGCAAAGAAAAGCAACCAGAAUUAUCCCAGGUUUAAAAUGCAUGUCGUAUGCAGACAGGCUAAAAUAAUUAAAUCUAUUUAGUCUGGAACAAAGAAGACUACGCGGUGAUCUGAUUCAAGCAUUCAGAAUCCUAAAAGGUAUUGACAAUGUCAACCCAGGGGACUUUUUUGACCUGAAAAAAUAAACAAGGACCAGGGGUCACAAAUGGAGAUUAGAUAAAGGGGCAUUCAGAACUGAAAAUAGGAGGCAAUUUUUUACACAGAGAAUUGUGAGGGUCUGGAACCAACUCCCCAGUAAUGUUGUUAAAGCUGACACCCUGGGAUCCUUCAAGAAGCUGCUUGAUGAGAUUUUGGGAUCAAUAAGCUACUAACAACCAAACGAGCAAGAUGGGCCGAAUGGCCUCCUCUCAUUUGUAAACUUUCUUAUGUUCUUAUUAGCAUAGCUACAUCACAGCAUACAUUACGGUGUGCUGCUCUUUAUCGGAGCUUUUUUUUUUGGUCCAGUUUGUUUACAUUACCCAAGUUAAAGCUGCUAUAGGGACAGCAGCUUCCUCCCCCUUUAACCCUGUGUGCCCCUGCAUCGUGAAGUGAGCCCGGGGGGACUCCAGUUUGGUAUAGGUAAGACCUGUGGGCCCCUGCAUCGUGAAGUGAGCCCGGGGGGACUCCAGUUUGGUAUAGGUAAGACCUGUGGGCCCCUGCAUCGUGAAGUGAGCCCGGGGGGACUCCAGUUUGGUAUAGAUAAGACCUGUGUGCCCCUGCAUCAUGAAGUGAGCCCGGGGGGACUCCAGUUUGGGUAUAGGUAAGGAGGCAAGACAGUCAUUUAGUGAAACUAAAAGAAACACACACACUUUGACUAGAAGUCUUUCUCAGCGUCGUCUAAAAUACCACCAUGGAUUGUUUUUGUUUUAGUAAUUCUGUUUCAUGGUGAAUGCUGUUACCAGUAAGUCAGCACACCUUGUUAUAUAUGAGAGGGCUGCUGUGAGCCAUGCAGAGGAUUCAUGUCUGGAUACAGCAGCCCAGGAGAAGGAGCCUAUUCCUCCAGAGAAACCUGCUUGUGUACGACAGAGGGGCACACCUCAUUUGUGUGUUUGCAUGUAGGGUUUAUUUUCUUUGUUUUUGCAUCUGCUUGGCGAGAGAGGGCUGUCCCAGGAGGAGUGGUUCUGAUCCGAGUGGGAGGAUGGAGAGUUCCCCCGGGAUGGACUGGACUGUGAUCGUGCUGACCUGCCAGCACAAGGACAGUGUGUACUCCUUCCAGAGAGAGCUGGAGUCCCGGCAACGGCGAGGCUCUGUCCCAAAGGGGGCGCUGUUGCUGACUGUGGCAGACCCCCAGGCCAUGGUGGGGAGUGGGGGGGCCACGCUGAACGCACUGCUGGUGGCUGCGGAGCACCUGAGUGCCCGGGGUGGACACACCGUCAUCACCACUGACGUCCUCCAGAACGCUCACAUUCUUGUCCUGCACACGGGCAGGGACUUCCUGUUUGAUGGCUGCGGUCGAGCGUUCACCUGGCUGCCGACUGAGGGGCCUCCAGGGCCAGUGUCGGGGCCCGUCUGCAACGUGGACCUGCUGCUGCACUGCUUCACACACCAGAUCGCCCCCGGCUCUCCUCCGGGAGUGUGGGUGAGCAGCACUGACAUGCUCCUGCACAUCCCCUCAGCUCCAGAUAUGUGCUGGGAGGGGUUUGCUGGAGUGAAAGUGGUCUCCCUGCCAGGUGAUGUUGCCUAUGCCAGGAAUCAUGGCGUCUUCCUCACUGACCAGCAGGGCACAGUGUGUGACAUCAUCUACAGAGGCCCUGCGGAGAAGAUACAGGCUUGCGCUUUGCAUGAUGGGAAGGUCCCCCUGGUCUCAGGGAUUGUGUUUUUCUCUCGGGAGGUGGCUGAGCGUCUCCUCCAGACACACGUCACUCCCCCACUCGAUGCUUGCACUUACCUGGGGCUGGAUUCAGGGGCGCAGCCUAUACAGCUGUCUCUGUUCUUCGACGUACUGCUGUGCUUGGCGCGUAACGUCACGGAGGAGGAGUUUGUGAGUGGGCGGAGGGAUGGGCGUAGUUCCCAAGAGGACCAGCAGGGGGCAGCGCUGAGGAACGCUCGCACCGUGCUGUGGAAGGAGUUCCGAGGCACCCCCCUCACCCUGACAUACAUUCCUGGUGGUUGCUAUGACUACAUGACCCUGUCAAGCGAUGACCACAUCAGGAGCCUCACUACCAGAGCAAGGCCGGGCUCCGCAGUGACACACUCGCAUGUGGAGAUCCCCGUGUUGCUAAGCGAUGGCUGCUCAGUGAUAAACAGCAUCUUCGAGGGGGAGGUCACAGUGGGGUCACGCACUGUAAUCCAACACUGCCACCUACAGGGCCCCCUGCAGGUCCAGACAGGCUGCCUUCUGUCUGGGAUUGAUGUUGCAUCAUCAUUCCCCGCGCUGUCCACUGUCCUCCUCUCUGAUGUCAUCAUCCAGGGACAUUACAUCAGGCUGGGAGACAUGCGACUCCGCGCGUUCAGUGUUCUUGGUCGCCACGACAACCUUGAGGUCUCCUCUGCGGACAGGAACGCCACAUUCCUGAACCACAGCUGGACGGAAUUCUUUCAGAGGACCGGGAUCCAGCAUGGGGAGCUGUGGGACUCCGGGUGCCGAGUCGGUGGUGAUGUGCCCUCUCUGCUCCAUGCCCGUCUCUUCCCGGUGUUCCAUGCCUCGGGGCCUGUGGGUCUUGGCGUGGCUCUGUGGCUCUGUGGGGGUGAGGGGGGGUGCCCGCAGUGGAGGCAGUCCUGGCGCAUGUCUCUUCAGGAGAUCCUGGGCUGUCUGGACCAGGAGGCAGAGCUGGACUGGCGCAGGGAGCUGUUCUUCAGGGGGGCGCGUCUCCAAGCCAGGGACACUCUGCAGGGAAGGAGGGACCACAGCCUGCUACCGCUCAUCCGCGCAGCUGUGCUGGACCAGCAGCAGGGGGCUCUGCUGAGCACACUCGACACCGUGGCUGUGGACUCACAGGAUCCCGGGGUAGCUGCUCGUGCCCUUGCCUGCAUUGCAGACGUGCUGGGCUGUAUGGCAGGGGGCGAGGGGGGUCUGCGGAGCGGCCCAGCGGCUAACCCAGCCUGGACCCCCAGCUUCCAGCUGCUGGAGAGAGGAGAGCUGUCUGCUGGGGUGGAGACACUGGCCAGGGAGAGGGAGCGUUGGCUCAGCAGACCAGAUCUGCUGGUACGAGCCGCCCGUCACUACGAAGGGGCGGGGCAAAUUCUCAUCCGCCAGGCUGUGAUGUCAUCGCAGAGAUUCAUUGCUAUUGGCCAACAGGAGCUCCCACCCAUCAACCAAUGGGUGGUGGUGGAGUGCCCAGCCAGACUGGACAUCUCGGGUGGAUGGAGCGACACCCCCCCCAUCACCUAUGAGCACGGGGGCGCUGUGGUGAACAUUGCUGUGCGUGUAGAUGGGCGCCGACCAAUUGGAGCAAAAGUUCGGAGAAUCCGGGAACCUAGACUGCUAUUGGUCAGCUCUAGUCGGGGGCAGGGCUGCCAGGUUACCACGGAGACGGUCUGUGAAACACUGCAGGACCUCCAUGAUUACUGCCAACCACACGCACCAGGAGCCCUGCUGAAGGCUGCCUGUAUCUGCACUGGCAUUGUGCACUACCCUUCCCAGCAGCCUCUACGAGACCAGCUGACAGAGUGCUUCGGAGGCGGGUUCGAGGUGCGGAGCUGGUCUAGCCUGCCGCAUGGCUCGGGUUUGGGCACUAGCAGUAUUCUGGCUGGCGCUAUCAUGGCUGCGCUCUACAGCUGUGCUGGGAAGUCCUGCAGCACCGAGUCACUGAUCCACGCCGUGCUGCACCUGGAACAGAUGCUGACCACGGGGGGCGGCUGGCAGGACCAGGUUGGGGGGUUGAUGCCGGGGCUCAAGGUAGGACGCUCGCUGGCACAGCUUCCUCUCAGAGUGGAUGUGGAGUCCAUCCCAGUGCCAGACCAGUUCAUCCACACCCUAAACCAGCACCUCCUGCUGGUCUAUACUGGGAAGACCAGGCUGGCUCGGAACCUGCUGCAGGAUGUGGUGCGGAGCUGGUACGCCCGGCUGCCCUCCAUUGUGCAGAAUGCAGACGAGCUGGUGAGGAACGCAGAGGAGUGCGUUGCAGCCUUCAGAGAGGGGUCCUUGCCUCGAAUCGGCGCGUGUCUUGACCGGUACUGGCAGCAGAAGAAGCUGAUGGCGAGGGGGUGUGAGCCGGCGGCGCUGUGCGCCAUGAUGGCAGCUCUGAGACCUCUGGCUCUGGGGCAGAGCCUGGCGGGGGCCGGGGGAGGAGGGUUUCUGUACCUGCUGACCAGGGAGCCUCGGCAGGGAGACCGUGUGAGAGACACCCUGACACACACACAGGGUCUAGGAGAAUUCAGUGUCCAUGAGGUUGAAGUAGACAUCAAUGGAAUCUCAGUGCAACUGACUGGCAGUGACCAAGUCUGAAGAGAAUAAACUGAACAAUGAGAACAAGACACUUCAAACUGUUAUUUCACUUUCGAUUUUAUUUAAUAAUCCCUUGUACAGCAUUGUACUUUUUGCUUGAUAGAACCUGUCCAAUAACUUUUCUUAUUUUCUUGAAUUCAAUAAAAGUGCGCUGCAGAGCUGCUGUUGUGUGGA